AUUUGAGCGGUCGCCUUCGUGACGUCACUUCCCGUGGAGAUAAGGACUUUCCUGUCGUACUGAGCACACAAGAGGAUGAUCGAAGGUUCCUUUCCGACAGCACCCUGACUGCUGUAUUUUGCUCCCAAACAUUCGGGCCAAAUGAACGGCGCAAAAUUCCCCUCUCCCAUUGCCGAGAUGGCAGAAAUGAACCGUAUCCACUAUGAUCUGGAGUACACGGAGGGGAUUAGUCAAAGGAUGCGCAUACCUGAGAUGCUGAAAGUGGCUCCACAAGGCCAGGAGGACUCCAGUAUCAGCUCACAGCAGCUUCCUCACAGUGUUACAAUGCAGGUCCCGGAAAGAAUUGUUGUCUCAGGAGACAGUGAUGACAACCAGUUUUCAAGACCGAGAGACCUGGAUUUAAUCCAGUCAACACCAUUCGAGGCCUUGUCCCUAAAGACGCCUCCAAGAGUGCUCACACUCAGUGAGCGGCCUCUUGACUUCCUGGAGGAGGAACACAGAGCAGCACCAGAAAGUGAGGCCGUGCUGCGACCCCAAGGGCGAUCUAGACGAGAACGCUCCGCGAGUGAGAAUGCAGCCGUCCGUCACAGCAGUCAACUGAUGCAUAACGAUUCAGCUGCAACAGCAUCCCCCCCAGCCACUCUUCACUUCCCUUCCCCUCCCACUGUGGCUGAAGAAGAACACAACUUGUACAGCGCUAGUGGUGUUUUAUCUUUCCUCCAGUCUACUACACGUCGGGCCUACCAACAGGUCCUUGAGGUCUUGGAAGAAAACCCUCGCAGAAAACCAUCACUGCGAGGGGGGUCGGCUUCAAGCUCCAACCCCCUGCAUGAAUCCAGGCUUGCAUUAGCAACAUAUGAAGGCUCUCUGGAUGGGGGAUCUGAUGACAUGACAGUUGUAGAUGCUGCGACACUUCGACGACAGGUUGAGUCUUUGCUUAUCAAGUUGAAUCGACGGCUCCAGCUUCUGGAAGAAGAGAAUAAGGAGCGAGCAAAACGCGAGAUGAUCCUGUACUCCAUCACUGUAGCUUUCUGGCUCAUCAACACGUGGGUGUGGUUGAGACGUUAAAGUACAGUCGUAUUACUGGUACCCCUCUGGGAAAAAAACAAGUCAAUAUAAUAUCCCUAUGCUGUGUGUGACAUGUUACACUUGCUGACAACUGAGCAAGACCAUAGCUUAUUGCACGAUGCACUCAUGUUUUCUUUGGUUUAUUUAAUGUAUGUACAGUUUUUUUGUACUUUUGUGUUCUUUCCAGUUUUCUGCUUUGCCAUAUUUUGUUUUUAAAUGCAAAUGUUGAGCAAUGCUAAGCAUGACUUGUAAAUAUGUAUCACUUUAGAAAGGACUGCCAUAGUAUGUUUUUAAAUAGAAAUGUUGAGCAAUGCUAGAUAUGACUUGUAAAUACGUAUUGCUUUAGAAAGGACUCAUUCAUUAAUAAAGUACAACUAAGCUUACCAAAUUAAA